AUGUUCAGGAAAAUACACUCCCUAUUUCAUCCCAACUCCAGCAGGAGUAGUUUAUCUGAUGGGAUCCCAGCUUAUGAUGGCUCUGCGGUUCGUUUGAUCCGUAGCACCUCUAUGUAUGCUCUCAGAGAUGAGGAUCAUAUAUUCAUUGAACCUCUGAAAAAAAGCAAAAGUACCACCAGCCUUAAUUCAGUUGCCUGCCUUCAGCUGAAAGAAGAAAAGACAUGGAUGUACUCAAAGACACAAGACUGUUUGCAAUAUUUACAAGAUUUGUUAGCUCUGAGGAAAAAAUACCUUGAGGGUGUCAAGGAUUUGAAAGCCUUGGGCAGAGUGCCUGGAAUUUGCCCUUUGCCUGCAAAAUCUUCAGCAACAACAAAAACCCAACCCCCUCCUCCUCCCAAAUUGACUUCUAAGAUCUCAGCAGACAGAAAUGGCUCACAACUCAGUUCAGAUGUGACUGAAGCAAUCGCUUAUUUUGACUCAAUUAUUGCAAAACUGGAGGCAGAAAGACAACACAAAGUUGUGAGGGAUCAUCCACAUGUUGACAUAGAUUUUGAUAUUGUUUCUAGUUCAAGAGAACACAGCUUACAUUCCAACUGGAUCCUUCGUGACCCUCGGAGAUAUUCCCAAGAUACCAGCCAAGUAGAAGGGAUCACAGGCCAAUCCAAAGGAAAAGGCCAAGGAAGAACAUUCACCUCCAGAAAGAAACUGCAGAGAUAUCCAAUGUAUCUACCUAAAGCUGUAGAGGGAGCAUUUAAUACAAUGAAAUUUAAACCCAAAACGUGCCUCAAAGAACAGCACUGA